CUCUACCUCCGUUUGCAAACAUCCACGUAUACAUCCAUUACUGAAUAGCAGGGGCAAUUGGAAUUGGAACAACCUCUCCAUCAGGUACCAAAUGCCAAGCAACAUGUUCAUACAACAAGACAAGAAGAAGAGGUUGACAUUGGACGUCAUCGGCCAGCUCGAAGAUGAUCUUGAAUUAAACCCCUUAGACUAUGUCAAGUGGAAUAAGUUGAUCAGACAGGUCUUAAACAAAGACAAGGAGGAACAGGUCAGAUCCGUGUUCACCAAAUACUUGAGCAUAUUCAAGUUUGAUAGCUCCCAAUGGUGCAACUACAUUAAUUAUGAAUUAAGCCGAGGAGAAUUCAAAAAAGUGGAAUCUUUGUUCCAAGAGUCAUUUCCGAUUACUGAUAGUGUGGAGCUAUGCCGCUUAUAUGUAUCCUACGUUCGUCGUGUUAAUGAUGUCAUCACUGGUGGUGAACGUGCCAGAGGAAUUGUGAUCCAGGCUUUUGAAUUUGCAGUAAAUAAAGUAGGCUUAGAUAUUGCCAGUGGAGACUUAUGGAACGACUACUUAGACUUCUUGAAGACUUGGACUCCAAGUGCAAGUUGGGAACUUCAACAAAAAGUUGAUUUGAUUAGGAAAGUGUAUAAAAAGUUUCUCGUGGUUCCUACUGAAGGAAUUGAGAAGUCUUGGCAAGAAUAUACCAAAUGGGAAAACGAAGUUAAUCCUUCAACUUCUAAUAAAUUUAUUUCUGAAAAAUCAGCAGAAUUCAUGGUUGCCAGAUCUUGGAAUACUGAAUGGCACAACAUCACCGAAAAGAAACUUAAACGUGAGAUAAAUCCAAACUCGUUCAAUUCUAAUGAUAACAGUGGACCUCUCAGGAAACAACUCGACUUAUACCUCAAGUGGAUCGAGUUGGAAAAGAAAAAUAACCUCGACAUCAAAGACAAUUCUCAGCUCGAAAAGAGAAUUCUGUAUGCUUAUAGACAGUCAACAUUUUCUUUACCUUUUGUUCCAGAACUUUGGUUCAAAUUCAGCAAAUUUUGGUUACAGAACAACGAAGAAGCUAAUAUCAAUACCAGUAUUGAAAUACUUAGUCAGGGUACUACAUUUAACCCUAGAAGUAUGUUGAUAUCAUUUCAAUUAGCAGAGCUUUAUGAGAAAGAUGGUAAUUUUGAAAAAGCUAAAGAAACUUACCUCAACUUGAUAUCACACUUGAGCAUCCCAUACAAGAUGUACACUGAUAGAAUUGAAGCAAUAGAAAGCCGAGUUUUUCCCAAAAAGCAGCAAUCCGUUGUUGAAGACGAAAGUACUCCACCAACAGAGCUGCUUACCGAAGCUGAGCCUACGCCAGAACCUACCAAAAAGAUUGAAAAUGACGAUGACGAUGACGACGAUGAGGACCAAAAGAUUGUAUACUUCACAAGGGAUGAGCAAAAUCAAAUAGCAAGACUUCAAAAAUUCCAAGAGGAGUAUGCAAAGCAAAUUACUUUGGGUUAUAUAAGGUUAAUGAUCUCAUCCAAGAGAUCAAAGGGUAUGAAAGAAUCACGUCUCAUUUUCAAACAAUCACGUUCAAGCUUCCCAGCAAUUGGAUAUGAAUUUUACGUUGAAAAUGCAUUGCUUGAACAUUAUUCAGAUAAUAAGAAGGUGGCCUUGAAAAUUUUUGAUUUAGCUUUCAAGAUGAAAGCAUUCAGUACAAACGGAAAGUUUUUAUCAGCGUAUUUGGAGUAUCUUAUCAACAGCAAUGAUGUGGAUAAUAUAAGAAAACUUCUUCAAUCAUCAGACACUAACAUUUCCAAAGAAAUAGCCAGCUUAGAAGAAUCUUUGUUACUUCCCGAUGUGCCUGAGCAUAUCAAAGAAUCCCGUAAUAAACAAAUUAGGGUUCUUAAGCUGUAUUUGAAGAAACUUUUAAAGAGGUAUAUCGGAUACUCCUCUAAUUAUUUAUCUCUUGAUGUUGCGAGCAGCUUUGCUAACAAGUACGAACAACUCUUUCCUGAUGAAGAUCCAAUAGCAUUGUUCAGUGAUAGAUAUCGUCUUAGUGGCAAAAACCUCAUCAGAAAAUUCGAAUUAGAUGACGCAGAUGAUUCCAGUGAUGAUGAAGGAGAAGAGGAGGAUGCAAGAAGGUCUAAGAGAAGAAGAGUCUCUAAAAAACAGGCACAAGUUGCCUUUAAUGAACCUAGCGCUCAAGAAGCCGCCAAUAAGAGCAACGGAUCCUUAUCCAAUGGACAAGAGGAUGCCAAAGAACCUCUUGUUGGGAAAACCCUUGUCACACUUAUGACCGCGUUACCAAACGCCUCUUAUUUCGGACAUGCCUCCGAAAGUGUAUUUAAUAGUGAAAAAUUGGUACAACUUUUAGCCAACUUACCGAACGUGCCUAUUGACUAGAUAUAUAAUAAAUAUAUGAAGGUAAGACAUACU